AUGGGAAAAAGACAGCUUAUGAACUUGUUCUUUUUGGGUGCUAUUUCACCUUCCACUGCUGGCAUGCUGGUUCCUUAUGCUUAUUUCUUUGCACCCACCACCAGGUCAGGAGGUGCUGGAGGUGGUCAGGAGGACUUGUAUUUGCCAUGGAAUGCUAUAGAGAACAAGUUCAUUUGCCUCUGCCCUGGCUCUCAAUACAAUAGUCAAAUCAGUACAAAGGAUUUGCAUAGUUCAGUUUUGGACGAAGACAAGGCAUCAAGCGUCCCAUUCGAAGUGAUUUGGAGGUUUUUGUCACUAGACGUAGUGCCUAAACGCUAUAGACCCAGUGCUCAAGUGCUGCCUUGGUCACUCGCUAGCUGA